CGUACAUAUUCGUCCGGGCCGCAGACGCCGCUGACGUGUAACUGAGGUUCAAUCUGAUUCUCCGAAGGAAACUCCGACAGAACGUCCUUCCUAUUCAUGCUUGAUAUCGAGUACGAGACUGUGUCCGGUUUCUUUUGCCAGGAUGCGGUUGACGCCGAUCCUGUGGCAAUAGGUGCUGUCCCCCCUCGUUUUGGCUUACUCGACGCGUCUCCCGACAGAUGGAAGACAUUCAAAUCUGCUGUCGAGAGGUUAAAUAAUGAUUCCGCCAGUAGUGUGUUCUAUAAAGUAUUUUUCCUUGGACGUCAUGGUCAAGGCUAUCACAACGUUGCCGAAUCCAAGUACGGAACGCAAGCCUGGGAUGACUACUGGUCGAAACUCAAUGGUGACGGUGAACUUACGUGGGGUCCUGAUGCUUUGUUGACUCCUCUCGGCGAAUCCCAAGCGAAGGAUGCCCGUAAUGAAUGGGAGACGGAACUACAUCAUGGCAUACCUCUCCCCGAGAAGACUUUCAGUAGCCCCUUGCAACGCGCCAUGCGGACAUACCUGCUCACGUUUGAUGGCAUCGCCGUCGCUUGUAAGCCUUUGGUCCUCGAGAACUGUCGGGAAGAAUACGGAGUUCAUACUUGCGAUAAACGGCACCCAUUGUCUUGGAUUCAACUACAUUACCCGCAAUUUCUCGUGGAAGACGGUUUUAGUGAGCAGGAUGUUUUAUGGAAGCCUGACGUGCGAGAGACGAAGAUGGAGGUAAAAGCCCGAGCAAAGAACGUACUCGAUAGAAUUUUCUCUCUGGACAGUUGUACAUACAUCUCCAUCACCGCCCAUGGCGGAAUCAUCAACGGUUUAUUGGCAUGCAUGGGCAGGGACACUUAUUCCCUGCCAACAGGAGGUGUGUUACCUGUCGUCGUUAAAGGCGUUAGACGCGAACAAAAUUAGAAGUUGUUAUCCUAUCCAUACCCGCAGUAAAUUAUGGUCCAUGCAUUGACAACAUGAACCUAUCUGAUCUUCGGCGCUGUCUCCGAAAGCCAGGGAACAAAGGGAAACAAGAGCUCGCACACGUGAGUAAUCAUUCUUCCGGACUUUCCUUGCACAGUACCGUGAUGGAUAGUUCGAUAGAAGAGGAGAAGGUCGCGGGAAUCUACCCAAUUUUCUCGCCCGAAGGCCGCCGCGUUGAAAUCCGAACUGUCCGCAUAGGUUGUCUUUCCUCGGGGCUUGAUAGUUCCUCCGUACAGGCGUGAUCUAUAUGCCUAAUGUCGAGACAUUGACUCCCUUGAGAUUUCCGCCGCGGGUGUGGGCCCGAAUGCAGGACCUGCGCGUAUAUUGAGA